UAGUGUGGCUUCAUAUAUGUGACGUCAAAUCAGCUGGGUGAAAGAGCUGCGAAGGAGGAGCUGGGAAACGAGGAGAGCUGGAGGGACGUGAAUAUUAAGACAUUGCCUGUGUAUGUUGGUCAUAGAGGAACACAGCCAUGAGACCACUGCCCUGCCUUUGUCUUGUGGUGUUGAUGGCAGUACCAGCACUUCAGGAGGGAGUUCAGGAGGGAGUGUCAUCCCUAGAAUGUCCAGCUUAUUGGUGUCUGAAACUGCAGUCACACCAACCCCACGUUCCGGUGUCAUAAAGCCCAUAGACAAGUCCCUCAAGACAACCUCAGUGACCAAGAAAAGGAAAGCUAAGAAGACCAUUCAUUUAUGUCCAAACAACACGGAUGUAGUAUCUUGCUACUCUAUUUCCCACCACAACUAUGAGUUCAACAUUACUAAAUCCUCCCCAUGUGUAAUUAAGUGCAGUUAUGACCCACGGGAGCUGCGACCCUUGAGGCUGGAUAUCCACCAGAAAUCCAGAGACCCGAUACAUCAUCCAACAUUUGUGUCAGUCCAGCAGGACCAUUACAUCACCUCCUGGACCCUGCCAAUCAUUUCUCCCACCAGAGGACAAGAUCAGAUAUUUACAUCCCUUGAGACUCUGCUGUGUCCACCAGCAAAUGAAACAGAAGAAGUUGUGGAGGUCAGUGUGUCUGUCAGAGGGUCAGACCCCAGAGAGAUUCAGAUGGCUUUGAAAAAUGUGUCUUUUGUUCUUCAGAAGGAAGUGAAUGUUACGGUGAUAGUUACUCCUGUGUCUCCGUGGUACAAGCGCUACCAAUGGGCUCCAUAUGAAGAGUCUGUCCUCAUUACUGCUGAUAGUGAUUCAGACAUUUGCAGUGUCUUGAUUCUUCAAAAUGCCAAGUGUCCUGUGAAUUCGGAGUUGUCUGGACUGGUGAACAGAGGGCGGUACCAGACCUUCAGUAGGCAGGCUGGCAUGGUGGCUCACAGGACACACUUCCCUGAGGGGGUUCAUGUUAUAGUGCUUUCUCUGCCUGAUGAUGAUGCAUGCAUCCUGAAUAUCUUAGGCUCCAGCUACAACAACAGCCGUGACUCAAGGACCAAGACUGUGAGGCUGGAGGCUUACAAUCACACAACAAUAGCAUCAACGUGGUACAUAUUCUGCAUCACUGCCUUCAUCCUCACCGUCAUCGCCAUUGUUGUCACCAUGCUGAUUUGUGCCAUAACCAAGAGGACUUUAUCUUGUUUGGGUGAAAGUAGUGAGGAUGAGGCUCCCUUAGUGGGCGAGUCUGGCAGUCGGCCCUCAUGUCAUGUGGAAGUUACCAGAGGAAUGUUCUCGUUUGGCAGCAUGCGGCAUGACCAACAUGGCAGACCUUCACAUCGGAGAAACAACCAUUAUUCCGGUGAACAAGAAGCAGAUGGCAUACAGAGAGGGGCUGAUGAAGACAGUAUUGGACAAGUUGCCUUUAGUGGCAGGCUGACUCUUGAUGCUCCAGGGGCAGUUGAAGGAGUCAAUUCACACAGGGAUGUCCGAGCUGUUGUACCUUUCCACCCACCCUCCUUCCUGCCAGCCACUACUCACGCACCAGAGGGCGAAUCCUCCAACAUCAGUGAAUCAUUCAAUCCUCGCUGUGUGCUGUGGUGGAAGACUGUGGCAGUGCACGAGGCAGGCACAGGUGAAGCCCAAGUAUCAGAGGUUGGAUUUCAAAACAGCCUGGUCAUCAUGGGGGUGUUUGCAGCGCUUCCCACUGGCCAGCUCCUCCGCUCGUACCUGAGGAUGGUGUUGGAUCACGGCCAAGAAGAUCAGUGCUUCUGGAACUCUCGUUGCCUGACAGCCUUUGGCUUCUUGCCAGACUUUGCUCGAGUGUUUACCAAUUAUGGAUACAUUGUGCUCGGCAUCUCCUUCAUCAUCAUUGUGAAGAAACACAAGAAUUUGACCCACAGAAUUCUUCAGCAUUUCAGUGCCAGAGAUAGUGUGGGUGUGACUCACUGCUAUGGACUCUUUGUUUCCUUGGGGUAUGGUCUUGUCCUGCAGGGAGUCAUGUCAGCCUUGUAUCACACUUGUCCCAACAGUGUCACCAUCAAGUUUGAUAUGAUGUUCAUGUACGUGAUGAUGGUGGUUGCCAUAGUGACCAUCUGGGGGUUGCGGCACAGUGACGUCACUCACCACGUGUAUCCCACCGUCAUCACCGUGGGCCUGGCACUCUUGGUGGCUGAAGCACGCCUGUGGCUGAGCCGUGGUUGGUUCUGGGGUCUGCUGUCUACUGUCUACAUCAUUCUUUUGCUCUCCAAUGCUGUCCUUGUGUCAACCUAUGGCAUUUGGUCCUUCUCAUUAUCCAAACUGUGGCAUGUGUGGAGUGCUUGGAAGCCUAUUGGAGAGAAGCUGAGCAAUGUACUGAGUGAGCAGGACACCAGCCACAAGCCCAUGGAGGUGGUACGGGUGUUGGUUGGUGUGGGCAGCAACAUUGGUCUUAUUCUGUUUGGCAUCCUGGCCGACCCUGAUGUGUACAACUUCAUUCUGGUCGUGUGUCUUGUCAACUUGGGCCUUUAUUUUGCCAAUUAUGUGAUGAUGAAGAAGCUGUUGUUUAAAGAGAAAGGAACAGUUUUAGCCUGGGUGUGUCUGGCUCUCUCCAGCGUGUUCUGGAUCAUUGCCCUUGUCUUUUUCUUCCAGCGCCGCACUGACUCUGAGAGAUCUCCAGCAGACUCUAGAAGCAAGAACUCUCCUUGUGAUUUCCUGUCUGUCUUUGAUGAGCAUGACAUAUGGCACAUCACUUCAGCAUUUGCACUCUUCUUCUUCUUUGUCGCUCUACUUACCAUGGAUGACGACCUCUGCAACAAACCAUCACAGGAGAUCAAGGUUGCUUAGUGUUGGUCCUUUUCUCCCUCCAUGGUAUCAGAGAGAGAGAGAGAGAGAGAGUAUAGAUAAUAAGAGAAAUAUAUUAGAAAAUGUUUUUUUGAGUCCAUCAAAGCUAGACAUACAUAGUGGUAUUUUGGUAUACUAUUUAAUGUAAGUUGAAAUCAAAUGUCUUUUGAAUAACUUAAGUUGAAAAGGUUGUAUGUAUGUUUAAAGGCUGAUCUUUAUUAAUAUGUGGAUCAUACUGACUAGUAACUUAAAAUGUUGAAAUGUUAAUGAGGUAAUGAAAGACGAUUGUGUGUUUUCUUGUCUUGGUCUCAUAUCUGCAGGUAGGUUAAGAAUGGCUAUUUUCUAUAUAUGUCAUUUAGAUCUAUCAUUUUUUGUAGAUCUUUGUCUCAUUGCAUUCUCUCUUGUAAUGUUUUAAAUUGGGGUCUACCAGCUAGUUCCUUCCCUGGACUACUAAAGUCUUACCACAUGUCAAGUGUGUUCCUCCUCUGCCAAGUCCCUACAGUUGUCUGGCAAAGCUCAUCAGAAGCCUGGCCCUGUGAUACCCCAACCAUCCACCACUGAUCCCCACCUCUCCCCACCCAUUCCUUGUAAGCUGGUCACAAUGGUAAGGACUAUUGCUGGGAUGGGCUCUAAUCAGCAAGGCAAAAGCAGUCCCAUGUUUCUGUGUUUGUAUGUGCUAGUUGCCCUCAAUCAAAACAGCAGCUUUUUGGAUCAUGAAAUAGAAUAACUACUUGUGCUUUGCUUCCUGCCAUUCCCCUGCAACAUUCAUAAUUAGAGUUGGUUUGAGGCUUCUACAAUAUCAAAGGAGAAUUAUGUAGCACCUCUUGCUGGUUCACUUUCUCCAUGGGAUGAGUUGCCACUUACGAAAUACAUAUUGCUUACUGCUAUUAAGAUUAUUCAGUUCCAUGCUAUUUCUCAUCCUUGGUAAACAAUAUUUUUUAUAUUUAACAAUUAUUCUAUUAUUUUUUUGUGAUUUUUAUUUGUAUUUGAAGCUGGAAGGUAAUGUAUGUUUGUUUUAUAUAAGUUUGCAUCUAAAUUAGGAAAAUAUUUUUAUUAUUUUUAUGAAUUUUAAGCUAAGUGGUCUAAGUGUCUGAGUUUGCCCUCUGAUUUGUGCCCAGACAGGCCCACAUAGUGAAAUCCUUUGAAUAAAUGUUUGUCUCACAUGGCAAGACCCAGUGCCACAGGUCCACCUGUGUAAUGACCCAGUCUGUUAUACAAGAAAUGGCCAUUCUUUUAUCAUUUAUUCAAAUUUGUAAUUAAGAAAAAUUGUAAAACUUUUGAAAUGUUUUUGUGUAAUUUAUGAAAUAAAGGUUUGCCAUAG